CAUGGACGCUUUGCCUACGUUGCAAGCUCCACAACUCCUGAAAGGUACUAGUACCAAUACCCGUACCACCGAGGCUUGCUGUCUUGGUCAUAGAGCUGUCAUACUUGCACUGGUAACCUCGUUCUUUGAUUGCUUGGUCUCUUCGAGUCGAAAACGGGUUUCGGUCGCUCUGCGGAAGACCAGAAGAGAGAUCGAGGGAAGUGCCGCGUCGAUCUGCUUUGGCAACACGUAUAGGUCUAGUUGACAGGGAGAGGCAAACAGGGCUGGACUAUCCAGUAGACUGAAGGACAUUCUACAUUGCCGCAGAGAUUGUACAUCAGGAAAAGAUGAGUCAUCGCGAUGAGCAGAAACCAACCGUGCCAUCGUGGGCUGAGCAGCGGGCAACAUGUGCAGGAUUUUGCCAAUCCGUUGUGCACAAAGAUCCCUUGGAUAUUGGAGUUCCAUUUCCUGUGGUCAUAGGGCCAGAACCAACCGCUGAAGGAGGGACCAAGGACGUUGGGAAGGUGGAGGACUGUCACUCUGGCUCUAUGGCCAAAGGAAACCAGCUACACCCAGGAGUCGAGGCUACCAACUCUCCCAAAAACGUCAAGACAGAGGAGUUGGACUCUGCCAUGUCAAACCAUGAAGGACCUUCUUUUGGUGCCGCGACAACCUCCGUGGAGUUCGACGAAGAAAUGCCAGCACCCCGUCUGGUUCGUUACUCGGAGGCCGACCGGGUUCCAAUGGCCUUGCCUGGAAGCUAUGCGAUUUGUGGGCCAGGUAUAGCAGAGGAACAUCACAACUCCCUUGUUGAUUCAAACCUCCUGAUUGGGACAGUUUCUCAACAAAAUACAUGUAAUCAUCAUCCCGAAUCCCCAAUGCAUUCACACGCUUGCCACGACGCAGGAACAACCAUUGUCCCAGAAGCUACGCUGGUAUCACACGACGGCCCUGAAACUUAUGUUCAAGCAGAAGCGAAACCUCUGCCCCUGAACAAAUACUUUUCUAAACGUGCUGUGCUGGUUGGUUUUGGCCUCUUAGCUCUGGUCAUACUUGGCCUGGUUAUUGGAGUGAUUGUGUUGUUUUCGGAGAUGCGUCUCGAGUCGAACGGUGGCGAAGAAGAGGCGCCGCUUGGCCCAAAAGACGAUGUUUCCAAAGAUGACGAAGGUUCUGUCUCGAGGAAAUUGUCAGCGUUGCAACGCAUCCAAAGAAAUGGAGUAGUCCGUUUUGCGGUUGAUGCGGAUGCGCCGAGCUUUGUCCAGCAAUUCUCGGACACGCAAAGCUCGGGUGGUGAUCGCCUCGACACCUUUGGCGCCGGCUUGGGUAGAGCUGUGGCGGCCGCUGCACUCGGAGAGAAUGCAACAUUUGAAUUUGUUCCGGUCCCCGCGGGAGAUAUGUACGCAGUGUUGGCAAAUCAGAGCGCGGAGAUGCUUGCAGGUCGGAUGUCCAUGAACAUGCUCCAAGAUGUUUUUGAGGUUACGGUAGGUGAAGGUCUGGUGUAUGCCACCCCCAAUCAGUUUAUGGGGUUGUCGUUCGCGGGCGUCCCUUCCUUUGUCAGCUGUGCGGAUGACAGCUUCAACACAGUUGGCGAAUGCAGUGGUCUGAAGAUAUGCAUCAACAGGAAUACCUUCUUCUUGAAAGAACUCCUUCAGAGAGUCCCGCACAGACAAGUUGUUGUUGUUGACCGUGCAACUCUGUUAUUCGAGAACUUUUUGAAAGACAACUGUAAUGUGAUGGGUACUGAAACUCCCCACAUAAUCCCUCAAAUGCUGCGUACCUUGGGGUAUACCGGUGACCUGGCUUUAGGAAAAAGGAUCUUUACUUCUGGCAUGCUUUCAUUUGUUUCCCUCGAUAGUGACCCUGAAUGGUCUGAUUUCUUGAGAGCCGUGACGCUUGCCCUCCUUGCCGCCCAUCACUAUGGCAUCACAAAGGAAACAGCAGGACGGAUGGGCCAGACGAUUUUGUUCGGCGAGAUGUACAAAAACAUGUUCAUUCAUGCUGUCAGAUCAGGGGACCCUUUUGCUGGUGCAUUUGAGAUUAUGAGGCAAACAACUGGCAGAAAUUUUGUCAAUAAUAGAACUGGUGGAAUGCUAGCAUCUCCCCCCCUUGGAAAUCUUGGGGCACUCCCGACUGGUGAUCGUCAGUCGCUCAAGGGUGGUACGCUUGAGAGCGUUAUAGCCAACGGUGUGUUGUGCUGUGGUGUGAGGAGUGGCAGGCCUGGCUUUGCCAUGUACAGUACAUCACGAUCAGAUUGGGAUGGCAUGGAUGUCGAUUACUGCUAUGCACUUGCAGCCAGUCUCUUCAAUGGGAAGUUUCAGGCUUUACAAUUCCACAAAGUCAACAAUUCCAGCGGAUUUGAAGAGCUGCACUCUGGUGUUAUUGAUGUCCUGGUUGGUGUGGAAUGGACCCUAGAAAAUGAUGUGAGGGAGCCCACAACCAACACAGGCUACUCUUUCUCGCAGCCUUAUUUUUAUGCCCCCGCAGAUGACUCCAGCUUCGAUGAAAACUUGUGCAUUGCCACAAGACAAGAUGACACCCAAUGGUCAGCAUUUGUCUGGUGGACAGCCCAGUCAAUAGUGUAUGCAGAGGAAAAGGGUAUUUUCCAGGGGGAUUCAAAUGAGAUGCCACUUGCUGAUGUCUUUGGCACAGCUCUGCAGAGAAUGUUCCGAGACGCAGUCAACGCAAUUGGCAACUACAAAGAAGUUUAUACUCGCAAUUUGGCCAGGAUAUUGCCGCGUGGUGGACGCAACAUGCUGAACUCAUUGAACGAGAGUACUCCUCUAUUCUACCUGCCAAGGGAUCUCAGGUAUUAACAGUAGGAAACAGUGUCAUUCAGGGGUUUGCUACUUUCUUCUAUUGUAAAGUGAUCUAAGGAAUUUUGGACUAACA